GCCGCGCCAUGCGUGCUCACUUAGGACCGGAUGUGCUUCAAAGAACAGAAGUAAUUGAGUCACCCUUUUUCGGUGUUUCCCCUCGAAAAUCCCUCUUUCUCUUGGAGUUACCUUUAAUAUAGUUAUCACCAGCACAGUUAUUUUCCAUUUAAGACGGCAGAGCAAGUUGUAUAUCAGUUGGAAAGUAGGUUAGAAUAUGAAUUUUACGAGUUUCAUGUGAAAAACAUCACAUCUGUGAAAGACUGGGAUCUACUGUGAAAUUCUAUUUGACAUAGCUACAGAGAUUUCUUUGAAAAUCUUCAAGAUGAUCGUCACAGCAGACAACGCAAGCAAUGUUGUGUUUGUGAUUGAAGGAACAGCUGGUAUGGGCGCCUACUUCAAAGAAUUGAAGACAAAUUACAUCCUACCUGCACUCAUACACUUCAAUGGUGGACCACUUGGAGAGAGUGAUUUCAGUGGUGAUUAUGGUGGGCCGCUGUACAGUUUAGUCAUCUAUAACACAGUGGAUUGUUAUCCCUCACCGGCAGUAUCAUGCAUCGCUCCAACCAGUAAUGCAUGGCAGUUAAGCAACUCAAUGGAUAAUAUACAGUUCAUUGGUGGAGGAGGGGAGAGUGGUAGCCUUGUAGCAGAGGGACUGGGAUCAGCCAUGCAGAUAUUUGAUGACUUUAAGGCUAAGAGACACUCCAGUCUUGCCAACUGCACCUGUCAAUGCAUCUUGGUCUGUAAUUUACCGCCGUUCUCUCUACCGAGUAUGGAAAGUGGGAACUACAUAGGAUAUACAUCGGAAGAUUUAGUCACACUGAUGGCUGAGAGAAACAUCCAUCUUUCCAUUGUGUCCCCACGCAAGCUUGCUAUUCUGUAUGAUCUCUUUGACAAAGCCUGUGGUGAAGGACAGAAACCCAUCAAGGAUUACACAACAGAUCCAAGACAUUUGGUACUUUUGAGUGGCUUUGAGCUUACAGAGAGAUCAUCAGGGGCAGAUACCACCAAACCCCUCCCCCCAGGUUCGUCCCCAUCACAUCUCCAGGUGGCAUCAGUAGCCGGGGCAACAACAUCCACAUCAUCUGCAUCAUCUGCUGUUCCUUCCUCUGUGACUGGUACCCCUGCAGGUAGCGCCAUGCGAUCCAUUGGAAGUUCAGCAUCUCAGACCAAUCAAUCCGUCAGUGGUCGUGGAGCUCAGCGUAUUGGUUCUCCAGGGUUCAAGGUUCCUUCAACUAACAUCCCAUCCAGUCACUCUAUUAGCUCUCCAGCCACUGUUAACCAAGGUCAGGGUAUGUCACCACAACAACCUAUGAACCAGUUCACCUCAACCCAAACCCAGCAACAACAACAACAACAAAAGUAUCAACAGCAACAACUUCAGCAGCAGCAGCAGCAACAGCAAUUCCAACAACAGCAACAACAGAACCAAGCAGCAGCCCAGACAUACGGGGGAGUGGGGUCCCGGCAACAGUCUCUAGGCAAUCAACCAAUGAGUGGCCAAGCUACAAGUCAGAUGAUACAAGGGGGACCUCAGCAGCAGCAACAGCAGCAACAGCAGGCACAGACUCAAGCAGCGAUGUCACAGUUGGCUAAGAAGACAGCACUGCAACAGCUGACACCACAGCACUUGAAGAUGCUGAUGCAGGUGAGACAGCAGCGACAGCAACAACAGCAGCAACAACAGCAGCAGCAACAACAACAGCAACAACAACAACAGCAAACAUCAACAUUUAAUCAACCAAUGGCCGUGGUACAGCCAAUCACUGCAGGAGGAAUGCCAGGGAUGUCUCAAGUCCAACCCAACGUGACGGUGACCUACACCCAAGCAAUUCCUCAGCCCAAUCCUGCCGGGAGUGUGACAGCAGGCCAGAUGGUGCCCUCAGGUGCCAUCCAAGCUGUUCAGGAUGUAAUGAAACAUGCUGCAGCGACACAGUCUCAACGAUGGCCACGCCCUGGUCAGCAAGGACAAGCCUCAAGUCAGCGUAUGCCAGUCAAACCCAACAUUCCCGGCAUUCCAGGCCCCACACCCAGCACACCAUCAACAAUAAACACACCAUUGCAGCAGCAGCAACAACAGCAGCAGCAACAACAGCAGCAAGGACAGUCAUCACUGGUUCCCUCUACUGGUGUCACUGGUAUCCAGCAGCAACAGGCUGCACCCAUCGGUGUCGUCAAUCCCAUGCUACAACAACAACAGCAGCAGCAACAACUUGUGUCAUCACAGCAGCAGCAAUCGAUGGCCAUGGGCUCAUUGCCUGUAGAUUCGAUGAAUGUACAGCAACAACAGCACCAGCAACAGCAGCAGCAGAUGGCUGGUAUUCAAACAGGACCGGUCAACACAGUGGUGUGGAGGGGUCAGCUAGAAUGGCAUGAGCGCCCCAAGAUGGCAGGCCCUGAGGCCAAGAUCACCCGAACGCAUACCUGUCAUGUGACCGUCGGUCCAGAUAGCAAACUCCAAGUGGAACAGUGGCCUAAUAAACUCAUCAUGCAACUUAUUCCACAGCAUCUAUUGCAAGGUCUGAGUCCAUUACUGUGUAACUCUCAACAAGUUGGUUUCCAGUUUCCUGAACAGAACAACGACCCUGAAGCAAUGAGAGCUCUCAUGAAAGUCAUGCAAAGCAAUUUUGCUGGUAGCGUACACUUUCCUACUGAAGUUCCGUGCAACAUCCGGAUCCUAAUGCUGUUGUAUUCUCAACGGAAGUCCAUGUUUGUUGGUUUCAUUCCCAACGACCAGGCUGGAUUUGUCAACCAGUUCCGACUGGUCCUGACCAAACAGAAGAAGAACCAGGGAGAGAGAACUCGAGGGCAGAUGCAACCGUUAGGCCAAGGGGGUCAGCUUCAAGCACGGCAGUUUGCAGCCGCUGUCAACCAGCAGCAGCAACAACAGCAACAACAACAACAACAGCAGGUGGGAUUACCCACAAUGCCUGGCAGCAUACCUGGCUCCACCAACAUCUCCACCAUAGGCAUGUCCAGUGUUCCCGUAGCAACCGCAUCCAUGGGUGGUAUGAGUACCGCAGGGGGUAGCGGUGGUAAUGGGAAUGCUGCGAUGCAGGGAAAUGCAGUUGCUGUUGCCCAGCAGCAGCAGCAACAGCGAGCACAGCAGCAGCGUUUCUUGGAAAUGGCUAAAACUCGGGAUCUCCAUAUGAAGAAACAACAGCAACUGCAGUUAGCACAGAAGAUUCAACAGCAGCAGCAACAACUACAGCAACAGCAACAACUCCAGCAACAACAGCAGCAACAAAGGUUACAACAGCAGCAGCAGCAGCAGCAGCCAGUCCAACCACAACAACAGCAACAGCGCCCUCAGUUGCCCCCACCUGGCCAGGCAGUGGUGCCAUCGGGGGCUUCCCCUGCCCAGAGCCAGCAGCUGCCUACCAAUAACCCUCAGCUCAGACAUCUUCUCAUGAACCAACCCCCGGGAACCGUUCAGCCAGGCAUGCAAACGCAGGGUCAGACACAGCAACAGCAGCUGCAGUGGCAGCAACAACAACAGCAGCAACAACAACAGCCGGGUGUCAGUCAACAACAGCAGUUCCGCCUCCAGCAGCCGCAGCAACCAAUCAUGAUGCAGCAACAGGCACAGGUUGCCCAGCAACAGUUGUCACGGCAACCAGCCCCAGCACAACCUGGAAUUCAAGGCAUAGGAGAUGAACUUACGCUUUUUGACUUGCUAAAAUGAAGAAGACAACUUUUUUAUUAUGUGCAUAAAUCUUGCAUAAUUGUAAUAUAUUUGCAUAUAUUGUGCAACUGAAUAAUUAGCCUGUGUAUUUGCAUAGAGUGUGGCUACAUUAAAAAUAGCAUUUUAAAUUAAGGGCUUUAUUACUUUUACAUUUAUAUGCAUGAGACGGGUACCUCAUGUAAACAGCUCUCAAUCUCAUUUGUUCUGCUUAUCACUGGCCUUAAGUCCAGUCAUUCUCCGGGAGCCAACAUGCAUACCAAGGCACUGUCUCAUGUGGAGGAAGUCUCUCCUGUCUGGACUUAACAAAGUGAGACACUUGCUCGCUCACCACCAAGGAGAUGUGUUCACGUAUGCUGGACCGCGACAUUUAGAGCAAGAGUUCUGGGUGGGAUCAAGCUGCAAUAAGGCCCCGUCAUAAUCAAGUCACGGCCAGAUUUCAACCCCGUUAUCAGCCACUUCGAACGACUUGUUAGGCCAUGUCCCAAACAGGCUUCCAGAGCUCUGGCUAGGUCUACUGUCUUUGCAUUUCUGUGUAUUACCCAUGGAGUGACGACCUAGCUCUGG